AAGACGUGAGCAAUGCCAAACUAUUGUAGGAAGCAAAAUUGAGCCAACCAACCACAAUUAUGGAAGGAAAAGUGAAAGAAAAUGUUGUCAGCGUCAACAAUGGCCAAAAAAAUGGCGUCACACACCGCCACACGAAGUGAUGGUGACAGCUGAACUGAUUUUUCACGCUGCUGUUUUGCAGCCACGAGGGCACCUUUGAACUCUGAUCGACAUGGAAAAUUCAUUACAACAGUGUGCAAGAAGACCCAAAUUUGAAGAUUAAAGUCAGUUUUUUGUUAAAAAAAAAUCACCAAUGGACAAUAGGCCCACCGGAGAAGCAUAAAUUAAAUAAUUGACAACUCCUAAUGGUGAACAUGGGAAAUGAGGUUUGGAGUAGGCAACAUGUGAAAUGGCUCAAGUUCAACACAACUGCUUAUGCUCAAAUUUGAAGAAGUGAGAGACUCCAGGAAGCAUUUUCUGCAAUGAGAAUGGAUUUCAGAUUCUUACAACUUGUAAUACAGAGACUUUUGAGCCAAGGGAGACAGCUUAGGGUAAAGGAGGAAUAAAUUGAGCAAGGAUCAUAUUCUUGGAAGUUUGAUGACAAGGAAGAGGAAAGAAGCAAGUCUGGACUCCAAAAACUCAAGAAUAAGAAAUUGCAGACUGGGCGUGAUCACUAUUGUCAGUGAAAGUGAUCACUUCAGAGCUCAAAGAAGAAGUGAAGUCUGGGCGUUACCACUUUUAUCAUUAAAAGUGAUAGUUCUAGAGAGGCAAAAUAUCAGGAAAGCUCUGCGUAACCACUAUUGUCAUCAAAAGUGAUCGUUCCAGAGAGUCUUCAACUUGGCGAACUGCGCGUAGUCACUUUUAUCAGAAAAAGUGAUAACGCGCAACUACCUUGGCUCUGCGUUGUCACUUUUAUCAUCAAGAGUGAUAGUUCCAGAGAGCUCUCAAUAUCAGAAAAAUGCGCGUGGCCACUAUUUCUGGGAAAAGUGUUAACGCACAACCAAAAACUCUCUGCGUAACUACUAUUUCUCAUAAAAGUGAUAACGUGAAAAUCUGGGAAAUUUUAUAAAUACCACAAGCGAUCCAGAAAAAAGGGAUUCUGUUCAUUUUCAGUUUUUUUAGUUAGUUUCUGGUUAGAGGAAGUGAGAGAGAGGAGUGGGGAUUCAGAUCUUGGAGCUUCACGAAGAGGAAUUGGAGUGGAGCAAGCUUCCAUGGCGUUUCUGAGUUUCUUCUUCUCUUAUUCUCUUUCUUUUUCUUCUUCUGCUGCCAUGGCUGUGUAAUUCGUUCAUAGUUAGGGAUUGUAGAUCUGAAAUGAACAUGUUGAAUUGAUUUGGAUCUGGAUUUCAAGCUUUGGAAUAGAUUGAGUGAUUGAUUCUGAACUUCACGUGUGAAUUGAAUGGAAAUUUGAUUAACUAAAUUCAGAAGAACCUUUGUCAAUGGAAAUUGAAUUUGUUCUUCAGAUCUGAACUAAUCACCGAGAUUUUAGUUUUCUUAGGGAUAAGGAACUUUGAUCUUGCAAUCUUUUGGUUUCUUACACUUAAAGCAACAUUGAAUUGAAUUAGAUCUAAGGAAUUAGAAUGGUUUAAUUGAAUGUUAGGUUCACUGAGUUAAGGAAUUAACCUCUGAAUAGUAUAAAGUGAAACUGAUUGUCAUUCUUUCCAAUUGCUUGUUAAUUCAGAACUUUAUUGAUUAAACAUUGGAGUUUUGGUGAAGCAAUUCCCUAGCUAUGGUUUCUCUCUCUGUUAUCACAUAACUGUGUGUGCAUUGUCUUGUUUGCUGCAAGUUCAAUUUACUUUUAAUUGUUCCAGUUUGCUAUUAUUAGAUGUUACCACUCUCCUUACAAUUUCGAAAAAGCUUAAAUGGUUAUAAUUCUAUGAAGUGAUACUUGAAUCUAAAUUCCCUGUGGAGACGAUAUUUGGAUCUUAAUUUUACUCAUCACUUGCUGCAAUCCUAGUGCACUUGCUAGUGUAGAUUGCUAACAACAAGGAAGAACCUUGGGGGUAGUGGAGGGGGGUUGCCCCAUUGUGCGGAAUAGCUCACCGCGGCCGGGACAUGUCACCAUCGAAACCUCCACUAAUCCUGACGCGAGCAAGCAUUACCAAGGAUCGUGGAAGGACUCGUUUCUGAGGGAUCGAAAUGGUUAAAUUGGGAGAAUAUUCUUGAUGGAUUACAUACAAUGUGUGCUUGUAGGGAACGAGGGCCUCAGAUCACCUUGACUGGAGGAAUGGUGGGAACAAACUGAAGAAGUAGUGACGUUUUAAGCGUUAGUGUUUAAAUUAUGUUGUGACGAAUCUCUGUGACUCUGCUUGCAUUUUGUAACUGUUUAUUGGGCAUUUUGUUAUGACUGUGUGUUUAUUAAGAUGUAACUUCGCAAGUGCUUGAUAUUACUCUGAUUUCCUUACUCAUUAAUUGAAAUCUGAUUGUAUUUGGAACUCAUCCUUUCUGUUCGUAUUCUAUUGUUGCGUGUUUGUAUGUAUUGCGUGACUGUGUGACAGAUGGACCCUCAGCGAGCAAUAAUAUGGGGAGAGGACUCCGAUAAGAAAGCGGUAUGGAGAUACAACCAGGCAAUGCACCGUCUCGUGUACCAAGGAAUGGUCUCCAUGACCAUGGGACCUCUCACUGAAGGCGGUUGGAAGCUGAGCUGGAGUGACACCCUUUUUGCAGACAUCUCUGUACCUCUACCUUCGGAACGGAGUAUUAUCAUCCAUUCACCCCCUCAUUCUCCAUCACAAGAACCCCCAGCCAAACGUCUUAAAAUUUUUAUUGACAAAGGUAAGACCGUUAUCAAUCUUGACCCCGAGCCUACCCCUCCUUCCAGUCCUACCCCUGCUCCUGAGUUAAAGGAUGUCGAAGUUAUCGAAUCUUCCAUUAGGCCAGUACCUCGCCACACUCCACAGAUUCGAGCACCUCCUUCCGACGAAGCUGAACCCUCUGUCCGACACCCUUCACCACCACCACCUGCUUCUCGAUCGCCCCCACCCACUAUCGGCUGGAUUGACAGUGACCCGAACGACUUGCCACCCUCACCUCGCCCUCAGCCCGUGGAUGCUUCACCGGAUUCUGAUGGAAUGGAGUCCGAGCCUAGUGAAGAUUCCUUUCCACCAGUGUUUUAUAUGUAGAUGGUUAUUUUUUUUCUCAUGGAUGAACACUGCUCUUACGUUUUAUAAUUUCUUUUUCUUUCUUUCGAGGCUGUUUAUAAUUACUUUUGAAAUACAGGACUAUGAGGUCUUCAUUUUGUUUGU